UUUCGUUGACAUUUUGUGGAAUCGUUGGCCUGAUUUUAAACUUGUUCCAACUUGACUCAUAAAAAAUUCAAUGUGAUUGGUACUGUAGUUAGUCUACAGUAUUCUAGAGGCAACCUUUUACGACAGGCCGUUUGCGGCCCUUAAACAACUGACUUUUUGAGCCACGAAGCUGGGCGCAAAUUGGCAAGACAACGAAUCUGCUGUGCGAGCCAAACUGUCGCCAAGUCAGCAAGAGUAUCUCCUAGAUACACAAGGCGUGGGUGUUUGUAUGUGUGUGAGCCGCUAGCUAUUUUGAUGCUGCGGUCUAUUCGUAGCGUGGACACGAACCCAAGUGGUGUGGGUCUUGAUUGUGACACCAUUUUGAGCAAGUGGAAUUCUCGCACAGUGGGGUCAGUGUCAUGGGUCUUUUAUCAGUGGAUCAACCACAACAAGAACAGACCGCAGCUUUCAAUGAAUGUUUACAAAUGGCACAUUAAAGCAGAGCUUUGUUAUUGUGUAAAAUGUCCAGUAGUAGUUAUUGUAUAAUUAAUGCGAACAGUUGAGCUAAAAUGGGCAGCACCAAAGAAGUCAUGGAAGUGGAGGAAACCCUCAGUUCCGAGGGCAGCUUUGCCAGCACCGUGGCGGGACAAUGUUGCAACUCUGAAGGUACAGUGGAUGAGCAACAGGCAAUACGACUUGAAGAGGUGACAGUAGCAGCACAAACCAAAGGCAAGAAGAGUCCUAGCGAACUCUCUGGGGGCAACAACUAUGCGACGAGUAAAAAUGUUGCCGAGGGUUUAAUGGAUAUAGCUUUGCUCUCGGCCAAUGCGAAUCAGCUGCGCUUCUUAAUCACUUACAAUCACGAAGCUUCCACAUACUAUUACAGUCUGGCUCUCGUUAUACUCUCCCUCGUGCUGCAGGUACUCGUGGGCAUUGUUCUAAUCUUCAAGCGUCGUCUGAAACAUUGUCGCCAAAGUCGCCACUAUGUGAGAACCAAUGAAGUGCUCAUAAUGGGUGUAUUCCUUAUCACUGUGAUUAAUGUGCUCCUGGCUGCCUUUACCACAACCGAUGGACAUUCCAAUUAGACU